AUGUUCUCAUUCUCUUUUCCCGGUGUCGCCGUCAUCACCGGUGCAGGUGGCACAGGUAUUGGAGCUGCAGUAGUGAGAGCCUUCGCUUCAGCAGGCUGUCAAAAGAUCGCCAUCACAGACCUCAAUCCAACAUCCUUGGACCAGACCAAGCAGUUCCUCCAAGCUGUCUACCCCAACGUCCAGUUGGUGCACCGCGUCGGGGACAUUGCGGAUGAAGCAUUUGUCGAGUCGUUUAUGGACCACGUCGUAGAUGUUUUUGGUCGACUGGACUACGCAGUCAACUGCGCGGGGAUUCUCGGGGAGGCUCACCGGUCAACAGACACCACCACAGAGACCUUCGACCAGAUCAACGGCGUCAAUUAUCGGGGGUGUUGGUUAUCUUCCCGGGCGGAGUUGAAGCAUAUGCUGCGGAACGAGCCGUUGGCCAGUCAUGAUCCGGAGCGUCCGCCUCAACGAGGAGCAGUGGUUAAUAUUGCAACUGCAUACUGUGGCUCCAAAUCCGCGAUAAUCGCCUUUACUCGCUCCGAUGCCAUUGACUACUCGAAAGACGGGAUCCGAGUGAACUGUAUCUGUCCGGGAGUCAUUGAGACGCCGAUGACAACCUCCAGUGAGGAAGUUCGCGAGCGAUUGAAACCCGCCGUGGACAUUGCGCCGAUGAAAAGAAUGGGGAAGCCCGCUGAGGUGGCCGAUACUGCACUGUUUCUAUGCUCUCCGUUGGCAUCUUUUGUGCAGGGACAUGCCCUUGUUGUCGAUGGGGGGUAUAUCAUUAACUAG